CAGCUCAUCUUCAGUAACACUAUAGUUGCCUUCCAUUCCAUUUCUCUUAGACUGGCAUCUGAACAGCUGCAAAAAAUUUCCUUAAAGUCUAGAACAUUCUUAGGUUAAAGACUCAAAAGGGAUAUUUUAAAGGAGGCUGUGUGUAUUCGGACUGGUAGGGAAGUCAUUGCCAUCUCGCUUCAGCCUGGGGACUUCCGCUGGUUUCUUUCUAUCAUUUCAUCUCUAUUUUGCACUCUGCCCCUGGCUAUGCCGCGAGGCCCCACUUUUCCUGUAACCAACCUCUCAGAGCCAAUCAAGAAGUAAAGAAGAGGAAAAACGCCCGCCCGCUCCCAAUUUCUUUCGCUCCGCUGCUCACCAACCUCAGAGCCGACUGAGCCAGAGCGGCUGUCAACUCCAACCCAGCUCAGCUGAUCGGUUGCCGCCGCCGCCGCCGCCAGAUUCCAGAGGGGGAAGAACAAGAAGCUGAGAGACCAGACAUGGACGUGAAUUUCGCUCCGCUCCGUGCCUGGGACGAUUUCUUCCCUGGCUCUGACCGCUUUGCCCGGCCGGACUUCAGGGACAUUUCCAAAUGGAACAACCGCGUGGUGAGCAACCUGCUCUAUUAUCAGACCAACUACCUGGUGGUGGCUGCCAUGAUGAUUUCCGUUGUGGGGUUCCUGAGCCCCUUCAACAUGAUCCUUGGAGGCAUUGUAGUGGUGCUGGUGUUCACGGGGUUUGUGUGGGCAGCACACAACAAAGACAUCCUCCGCCGGAUGAAGAAGCAGUACCCCACAGCAUUUGUCAUGGUGGUCAUGUUGGCCAGCUACUUCCUCAUAUCCAUGUUCGGGGGAGUCAUGGUCUUUGUGUUUGGCAUCACUUUUCCUUUGUUGCUGAUGUUCAUCCACGCGUCAUUGAGACUUCGGAACCUCAAGAACAAACUGGAGAAUAAAAUGGAGGGAAUAGGCCUGAAGAGGACACCAAUGGGCAUUGUCCUAGAUGCCCUAGAACAGCAGGAAGAAAAUGUCUCCAAAUUCGCUGACUAUAUCAGCAAAGUGAAGGAAUAAAUAUAAGGGCUGCCACGGACAUCCACGUGUGGUUUGUCCUCAUGCAGACCUAGUUUCCAUUUGUGUUCUUGAAAUAGGAGGUGCCUGUACCACCCAACUAUCUCUGGCAGCAUGCAUGUAUAGGCCAAGCUGUUAACAUCUCUGAUGUGACAGAGGGAAGCCCUCAGAAACCGAAAGAAACUACCCUCCUAUUAUGCCUGAAGUUUCAAGUGUGUUUAUGCAACUGAUAGGAAAUGGAUCACACUUACUUCUUUAGAGAAAUAAAAACAAUUAUGGAUUGUACAGCAACAGUACUGUUAACUUGUAGGAAAAAAAUAAUUGUAAAGUAUCAAGGCAAUAUGAGUAAAUGAAAAAAGACUGUUAAAAUAGAUGUCAUGUGUUAGCCUGUUUUAAGCACCACCCUCCCCCCCACCCCACCCCCCGCCCCCACCCGCAUCAUUCUCCUCCAAAAAUAUUCCCUGGGACUGUAAUAUGUGGAGUCUAAUUUAGUUUAGCUUUUAUUAUUCUUCUUUUAAAAUCAAAGAUGAUCUGUAUCACUUUACCACCCGUUUGACGUGCAGUGAAAACUGGAUAAACCAGUUGUUUUUAUUUUGUUUACAAAUAGAAAGAUUGCUGUUUAGGAGAUAUUUUGUCAAGUUUUUACAAAUUUUUAAAAUGCUAGUAAUGCCUUUUCGCUAGCAGGUAUUUGUUGCAAAUUAAAUGUCAUCUUCUUUAAGGAGGUUAGAGCUACGGAACCUGUAUUAUUCUUGACAGUCUUGUUAAAAAAAAGCAACAACAAAAAAAUAAAACUUGAGUUCUGUUUAUAUUGCAUAUUUCUUGCUGUUAUGGCAAAAAGGUGUCCAAGAUAAUGUUUCUUGUAUUUUUUUCACUGUUUAGCUUUUAACUGGAACAUUGAGAAGGAAGGAAAUCAAUGUGCAUUUUAUUAAUUCCUUAGGGGCACAAAGAGAACAAAAAUGGCUAAUCUUUUGAAAUCUGAAAAGCAUCUUUAGAUGACCAAGCAAACAGACAUGAACGUGGGAGUGAUCAGCGGCUUCUGCAAAUCAUGAAAAUUUUAGAUAGCAAUUGUUACGACCACAUGUUUUUACAGAUAGGCAUUAGAAUUACGACAGCAUGAGUUUAUAUAUCCUUUUACUUUCUUCCUUUUAUUUCUCAUGUAUUUAGAAAUAGGUUAUACAAAGAUGUUUUGCUUGCCAAUUGGGUGAUUUCAUAGAUGAGUAGAAAACACGUGGGUUUCCCUAACACUGAAUUAUGAAGACAACUGGAGUGGUACUUACCGGAGAGACUCUCUGUACAUCCUAAAAUAAGAAGCAACUGCAUAUGCCACUCCCAUCUUUCUUGCGUUUUUAUUCCUCAGCCAACCUGCAGCCAUCAUCUCUAGCACAGCAUUACCACCGUGACUUCACAGCCACGGUCUAGAGUUUGUACCCUUACCCAAAUAUGGAGAAUAAAAUUUAUCAAAGAUUU